AUGUAUCUGCGAUAUUACAAACAUAUCCUCGCCAUUAUGUUUGCCGUAGAGGAAAUUAACAGGAAUCCUUUGCUUCUCCCUAAUGUUACUUUGGGCUAUGAGAUCUAUGACUCGUGUGACUAUGUCUCGAAAGCAGUGGAAGCCACUUUGAAAUUGUUCUCUGGGAGACAGGAUCAUGUUCCAGGCUACAGAUGCACAACUAAAGGUCCCCUGGCUGCAUUUAUUGGGCUGCCAUACAGCAUGGCCGAACUUACACAGAUCUAUAGAUACCCACAUAUUAGUUAUGGAACCCAAGAUCCCGUUUUAGAAGACAAAAGAUUAUUCCCAUCUUUCUUUCGGAUUGUACCUAAUGACCGUGCUAUGUAUGAUGGAUUUGUACAGCUCCUCCAUUACUUCGGCUGGACAUGGGUCGGACUUGUUGCAUCUGACGAGGAGCACCAUUUGAAAAUAAGUCAGGAGCUACGGGCAGUGUUGCUCAAAAGUGGAAUAUGUAUUGCUUACUUUGCAGUUUUUCCAACCGAAGGUCUUUUUAACUUUAUACCUGUCUUUGAAAUCAUAGAGAAGUCAAAUGCCAAUGUGGUUAUUACUCUGUGUAGCCAGUUCAGUUUUCUGGAUAUUAUUUACACAGUCGCUAUACGUGGAGAGCUUGGGAGAGUCUGGAUCACACCAUCAUCACUUACAUUUUUCACACACAACUUAAUUGGUACUUAUCUUGGUGUUGUCAAUGGUUCCCUACAGUUUUCAGUACACAAAGAGGAAAUUCCUGAGUUUAAAAACUUUCUAUACAGCACCAACCCAACCACAUUUCACAAUUUUUUUACUGCUGCUUUUUGGAAUGAAUUAUUUCAUUGUCUCCCCCCAAACAAAACCACAUACUGGAAAAUAGUUAAUCCACUGCAUAAUUGCACUGGAGAGGAGUCAUUAAAUAAUGUUGAUGCUAAUCUUGAUGUAAAGACUCUCAGAGUAACGUACACUGUUUACAGAGCUGUAUAUUCAUUUGCUAGCGCAUUGCAUGAAAUGCUGUCAUCCACGCAAUAUUCUGGUCAGAAAUUAAAUCUAAUGAAAAAUUUUCAGCCUUCACAGCUGAGCCAAUACCUCAAAAACUUAGAUUUUCAAACAAAAGAUUUUCAUUCCGCAAAUCAAGGACAAAUAGGACACUAUGAUAUUAUCAACUGGGUGACAUCUAAUAGAACUAUUACCUUUAGUCAAGUUGGCAGCUUCCUCCCAUUUGCUCCUCCAGGGCAACAACUGAUAAUCAACAAAAGUGAUAUCAAAUGGAAUCUUUUCAUAUCAUCUCAGACUCCACUUUCAUUGUGCACCAAUCACUGCCCACCAGGAUUCAGGAAAGCUGCCAGGAAGGCAGAGCCCAUCUGUUGCUAUGACUGCAUUGCCUGUUCAGAAGGGGACAUAACCAACAGCACUGAUAUGGAAGAAUGUAUGGCCUGUUCUGAAGAUCACUGGUCAGAUGAGAAGAGGACUAUGUGUAUCUCAAGAACUAUCGAUUUCCUGUCCUUUUCAGAUGUACUGGGCAUAACUUUAGCUUUUGUUGCUAUUUUCCUUUGCCUUAUCUCCUUGGGAGUUCUGUCAAUCUUCCUAAAAUAUAGGAAUACAGCCAUAGUGAAAGCCAAUAACAGGGAGCUAAGUUAUAUUUUGCUUUUAUCACUAAUUAUGUGCUUUCUGUGCUGCUUUUUAUUUAUUGGACGUCCAGAGGCCUCAACAUGCUUCUUCCGUCAAGCAGCCUUCGGAAUCAUUUUUGCAGUCGCUGUAUCAGCAAUUUUAGCUAAAACCAUUACGGUUGUUAUUGCAUUCAAUGCUACCAAACCUGGGAGCCGAGCAAGAAAAUGGGUAGGAUCCAAUAUUUCUGCAUAUCUAGUGAGCCUGGGUGCAUUUGGAGAAGCAGUGAUUUGCCUUGUAUGGUUUCUCUGCUCACCGCCAUUUCCAGACUUUGAUACAACAGAAAAAUCUGCAAAGAUGACUCUUAAGUGUAAUGAGGGGUCAGAAGUUGCUUUCUACUGUGUAGUGGGAUAUGUGGGACUUUUGGCUGCUUUAAGCUUUGUUGUAGCAUUUUUAGCAAGGAAAUUGCCUGACACUUUUAAUGAGGCGACACAUAUAACUUUCAGCAUGUUGGUUUUCUGCAUUGUCUGGGUUUCAUUUAUUCCUGCUCAUGUGAGCGCCAAAGGGAAAUACACAGUGGCUGUUGAAAUAUUUGCCAUCCUUGCUUCCACUGCUGGACUUUUAGGUUGUAUAUUUAUCCCUAAAUGCCACAUUAUUGUGAUCAGACCUGACCUAAAUACCAAGGAACAUCUAAUUGGAAGAAAGCUGGCCAGUCUGAAAUUUUAG